UUAUUAUUACCUCCCUUCCCAAGAAUCUGCACAGAAGUACUUGUAGAGAAAGAAGGAAAAUGGACUCAAAGAAAAUGAUUUCACCAAGAAAAAGGAUACGGAAAUAUCAUACAAGAAAAGCUCCCAUCAUUAAUUCUUAUACAGAUAUGGCUGAAGCUAGAAGAGAAAUUGUCCAUGCUUUACACCUUCAUAGAUCUUCUUCAUUUUCAUCUUUUAAUAACCCAAAGAAUUAUGCCUUAUUGGGUCAAAGAGUAAAUUCCCAGCAAUAUUAUUACUCAAUAGUGGAGUCUAUGCCUAUUCCUCAAUCAACGUGGUCUACAACGGCUCCGGCAAUACAGACUGCAGCACCGCCGCCGCCUCCACCGCCAUCUUCUUCCGGCGGUGAAGUUCCAGAGUUUGAUUGGUGGAUAGGGUUUUUGAAGUUGUUGGAUGGGAAGAAGAGUGGAAGUAGUAAUAUUGGUAGUGAAGUAGUCUUACAGAAAUACUUCCCUGUUGAAGAAAAUAUUUUGAUGGAAAAUUCGAAGGCACUUAGCCAAUUACAAGAUGGAUUAAAGAAGGAUUUACCUAAUAAUCUUGUAGAUGCAAAUGAAGAUCCCAGUCACCAAUUUCCAGAUGAAUGGUUGAUUAUCCCUACAGCUGAUGAUGAUAAUGUAGUACUUUAGCUUUAAUUAAGUUUAAACCUAGAGAAGAGGUUACUGGAUAUUUUAUGUAAUUCUUGAUUCUUUGCCUAAUCUACAAUACAAUGAUACAAGAAUGUUCACCAAGUA